AUGCCCAACGCUAAAUUUACCCCGAUCGAUACCCCCGAAACAGAACUGCAAGCAGCCGAAGCUCAAGAACUGGAUUACAAUUCAGCACCAUUACUUGAAAUAUCGCAACGUGGUAUUUUCUUGAUAUAUGCAGCUCUAAGGGGCGCAGCAACAUUGAAGGCAAGAGAAUUGAAAGAGAUGUGGAAUAUUAGUGCUGUGACACCACUAGAAAAAAGCAUAGGAAUCGGAAUAUGCGGCGGUAAAGCCAAUACUAACAGUAGUUCUAGCACUAGUGAUAGUGGUGGAGAGAUUAUCAAUGCAGAUAAUUUUCUAAAUGCUUGCAGUCAAGAACUCCUUGCUCGAGGAACUGAAUUACUCAAACGCACCCGCAAAGGUGAUCUUCACUGGAAAAUAGUUUCUGUUUAUAUACAUCGAACCGGCCAGGUGAUGUUGAAAAUGAAAAACAGACAUGUUGCAGGAACAAUUACAAAAAAGAAAAAGAAUGUUGUGUUAGAUGUGUGCAUGAAUUUAGCAGCAUGGCCGGGAAGGCAUCUAUUAGAGGAUGGUGAGAAAAGAAGGUACUUUGGAUUGAAGACAGAAUCAAGAGGUUUAGUUGAGUUUGAAUGUAUAAAUCAAAGAGAAUAUGAAUUGUGGACUCAAGGUGUUUCAAGGCUUCUUUCAAUUGUUUCACAUAGGAAAAACAGAAAUGGGAUCUAA